UUCAAACAGUUCAUCCAGUAUCUUCAACUUUACAAUGGGUUUCUUUUCCAAAUGGUUCUCAAAGAGCCAACCAGAGGAUUAUGAACAAGUCCUCGAAUCCUUAGCUUCUGAUAUUCACAAACGACAAACGCAUCUCUCGGAAAUACGACUCCGAGAACGACGCUCUACACUCCUUUUCUCUAUCUAUGCUAUUGCGUUAUGGGGAGCCUAUGUUAGCCUUUGGUGGAAAGAGUGGCUUCCCAAGCUAACCACUCACUCGUGGGGAUCUCAAUACGAACGCACCGCACGAGGGAUACCGGUGUUCCUAGGUCCAAUUGUAAUUCUAUUUAUACGGCGUAUUGUACAAAUAUGGUACACGCGUAUAGGAAAUGCUGAAGAGAAGCAACUUAUUGCUCUGCGAAAACAGCAGCGAGAGAAGAUUGAGCAGAUCAAGAAACAAACCAAUUAUUAUACCACUAGGAAUCUCCUUGAGAGAUACGACGAAACUCCAGGACCUACCACCCCUUUACAAAGACGUAUUGCCGUCCAACCUCCGACUCCUGUCGCUGCACCCGUUACUCCACAACGCUCGGCACAGGUACAACCACAACUGCCACUGCAGCUACCCCAAACACCGGCCCCGGUCUCUGCGAAUCUCCAGCAGCGGCUCUCUCCGUCGCCACAGCGGCCGAUGCCGCCGCCUCGCAAACAGUGGUAUGAUAAGCUAGCUGACGCUAUUUUAGGCGAUGACGAUGCGUCCUCCGUGAGCGCCGCAGCAUCUCGCUAUGCCCUGAUCUGCCAGAGGUGUUUCUCGCACAAUGGCCUAGUAAAGGAAAGCGAAUGGGAAGACAUACGAUACGUUUGUCCUAAAUGUGGUCACUUCAACCCGUCCGCCCGAGAAAUGCGACAAGCGCGCGCUGCAGCUGCAGCUGCAAGUCGGUCGUCUCAAUCUGCUACACGCUCGCCAGUAGAUGGUCCCUCCGCGCCACCUUUGGGCAAAUCUCUCAGUCGAGAGAGUUCAGACGAUAACACGGGCCGACAGCCGUCCCAAGAGAGGAGUCGAAGCAGACCAAGAGAAGAAGGUACCCAUGAAGAGGAACCGACGGAAGGGGUUAGCGUUAUGGACGUGGAUUCAUAGGCUUGUGAUUUCGAUAUGUUCUUUGCUGUCUGUGAUUGUUUUUUUGUUCUUCGUAUUCCUUUAUUCGCGUUAUACAUACCUUUCCUGGUUGGGUAGCCGUUGUGGACUUGUACAGUAUGGUAUACUCUCCUGUACGGAAUUGGCUUCCUUGAACCAGUACUUCCUGCCCUGUCCGAUC